AUGCCGCCCAUUUCACCAGCUGUAUUCCUCUCGACCGCUGCUGGCGCCAGCCGCACAGCAGCGACGUGGCUCUCCCUCGCCUUCCGCUGUCACAUCCCACGCCGCCCCUGCCCUUCCUCCGCCCCUUGUCCCCCCACACUGCGCGCGCUUUCCGCCCACACCGCGCGUGCCUCCCGAGAUUCCGCCACAGUCGCUGCUGCCAGUGGUGUUUCCCUCGCCUCUCGAGUCCCCCGAGAGACGAGAUCCGCGGAAGCCGCCCCGGCCAGAGCAGAUCCGCGCAGAAGAGGGGAAGAGGCGGCCCGGCCCGGCUCGUACAGUCCUUCUGAGGACUUGAGAGUCAAGCCGCCGGGAGUGAUCGUAUCACUUCCCGAGGAUCCGCGCGUUACUGUCAAGGUAGCUGGCCCUUCCGCCGAUGCCAGGCGCCGCUCAUAUGCUUGA